CCGCGGGGGUGGACGCGGGCGGCGAGCAGCCGGGCCGGGCAUGGCAGCGACGGCGGUGGCGGCGGGGGCCGAGGCGGCCGAGGGCGCCCCGGGCCCGCCCGCGGCGGCGGCGCUGGAGCUGUGGCUCAACAAAGCCACCGACCCAAGCACCCCCGAGCAGGACUGGUCAGCGAUCCAGAACUUCUGCGAGCAAGUGAACACUGACCCCAGCGGCCCCACGCAGGCGCCCUGGCUGCUGGCGCACAAGAUCCAGUCCCCGCAGGAGAAGGAGGCGCUGUAUGCGCUGAUGGUGCUGGAGACGUGUGUGAACUACUGUGGGGAGAAGUUCCACAGCGAGGUGGCCAAGUUCCGCUUCCUGAACGAGCUGAUCAAGGUGCUCUCCCCCAAGUACCUGGGGGCCUGGAGCACGGAGACGGUGAAAGGCCGGGUCAUCGAGAUCCUCUACAGUUGGACCGUGUGGUUCCCGGAGGACAUGAAGAUCCGGGAUGCCUAUCAGAUGCUGAAGAAGCAAGGGAUCGUCAAGCAGGACCCCAAGCUGCCCGCGGAUAGGAUCCUGCCCCCGCCCUCCCCCUGGCCCAAGAGCUCCAUCUUCGACGCGGAUGAGGAAAAGUCGAAGCUUCUGACGCGGCUUCUCAAGAGCAGCCACCCCGAGGACCUGCAGGCCGCGAACCAGCUGAUCCAGAGCCUGGUCAAGGAGGAGCAGGAGAAGUCGGAGAAGGCAUCCCGGAGGGCCAGCGCGGUGGAGGAGGUUCGGAGCCACGUGCGGGCGCUGCAGGAGAUGCUGAGCGUGUACCGCAGGCCCGGCCAGGCGCCCCCGGACCAGGCGGCUCUGCAGGUCGUCUACGAGCGCUGUGAGAAGCUGCGGCCCACCCUGUUCCGCCUCGCCAGUGACACCACGGACGACGAUGACGCGCUCGCGGAGAUCCUGCAGGCCAACGACCUCCUCACGCAGGGCGUCCUGCUCUACAAGCAGGUGGUGGAGGGCCGUGUCAUCUCCGGGACCCCCGCGGCCGGCCCCGGGGCGGCCUUACCCGGCCCCAGAGCCGUGGAGAGCCUGGCGUCCAGCACGGAGAGCUGCUCCCUGAUUGACCUGGAGGCGGACGGUGGCUCUGAGCCCGACGGGACAGGGACCCCCUCUCUGCUUCACCAGGACCUGGCAGCCCUCGGGAUCAGCGACGCGCCGGUCGCCAGCAAGGGGCCUGCUCAGGGCCUGUGGAAGGAGCAGACGCCCCCCCUGGCCGCCACCCUGCCCGGCAGCGCUGGGACCCCCGGCUCGCCUGCACAGCGGAACCUGCUGGAUCUCCUCUCGCCGCAGCCGUCUCCCAGGCCCCUGAAUCCCUCUUCGCAGAAGAGUCUCCCCAAGGAGGGGCCCCUCGGCCCCAAGGCGUCCCCGGGCUGGUCCUGGGAGGCCGGCCCUUUGGCCUCUUCGUCCUCACAGAACACGCCUCUGGCUCACGUCUUCGUCCCCCUGGAGUCUGUGAAGCCCAGCAGUCUGCCGCCUGUGAUCGUGUAUGACCGGAACGGAUUCCGAAUUCUGCUCCACUUCUCCCAGACGGGGGCCCCCGGCCACCCUGAGGUGCGGGUGCUGCUGCUGACCAUGAUGAGCACCGCCCCGCAGCCCGUCUGGGACAUCAUGUUUCAGGUGGCGGUGCCCAAGUCCAUGCGCGUGAAGCUGCAGCCGGCGUCCAGCUCCAAGCUGCCCGCCUUCAGCCCUCUGACGCCCCCGGCCGUGAUCUCGCAGACGCUGCUGCUGGACAACCCACACAAGGAGCCCAUCCGGUUGCGGUAUAAGCUGACGUUCAACCAGGGCGGGCAGCCUUUCAGCGAAGUGGGAGAAGUGAAGGAUGUCCCCGACCCGGCCAUGCUGGCCACCGCCUAACGCCUCCGUGGGCCCGCGCAGUGCACCCACCCGACACACAGCAACUCGGGCGGCCCGCAUAGGACGACUGGUGGUGACUUAGUGUAGCGUUUGGGGGUGUCUCCAGCCACCCCCUGCUUCCUCUGCACAUUGAGUGUGCAUGUGUGCGUGUGUGUGCGUGUGUAUGUGCACAUGUAGGCGUGCAUGUGUGUGUGUGUGCGCAUGCGCGUGUGUGCGUGCACACAUGCACACGUGUGCGUGUGCAUAGGGCGGGCCUGGGGUGUGGGCAGCGUGGGUCCCAGUCCCCCUGCCGCACUCACCCGUUUUCCCCUUGGUGGUGCCCGCCCAAGCCGUUGCCUCAGGCUGGAGGGCCUCACAGCCAAAGUUGUGUGUCCGCACCCCCGAUCCCGUUUCUUUCCUGUUCGUUCUCUCGGUGCCUUGUCAGCCUUUGAACAUCUUGGUUGCUCCCAGGCUGGAGUUCUCAGGGACCUUCUGAGGGACCCGGUUGGUCUUCGGGGCCUCUCUGGACUCCAUUCCCACGAGCAAACGCUGCUCAGAAGGGUUUGGAGAAGCCCGAAAACAGACCGCAAGGGACCACCGCUGGACCAGAGCUGGCCUCUCCUGACCUUCACCACCGUGCCUUACUGAGUCCCCUCCCCGGGGCCCUGGAGGGGGAGGGGGCCUGCGUGUGGGGGGGCCCCUGUCUGGGCGCCCGCUCCGGGCCCGCAGCUCUGUCCUCACGGUCCCUCUCCACAGGCAUCCUUCAGGCCUGUGUGUGUGUGUGUGUGUGUGUGUGUGUGUGUGUGUGUGUGUGUGUGUGUGUGUGAUGGGGGGUGGCAGCACGUCAGUCCUGGGGGUUGCCUGGGCCCCUCCACUUUUGUGGGUGGUGGCGGCGGCAAAGAGCUUAGCAGUGGCAGCCACGGUGACCGCACAGAGGGCGUCCCUGAAUAAAUACGCGUGCAGCAGA